AUGAAAGAAACCCCUGCCGAGCGCGAAGAACAGGAAGAGCGUGUGUAUCGUAAAGCUCAAAAGGCCGCUAGGAAAGCUCGCCGACUGGACUCCGGCUAUGACGACACCUCUUCAAGGCGCAAGAGAAAGCGGUCCCGUUCUCAUCUCGAGGAUUCACGGGCCCCGCCUGCCUCGGCGACCAAGGUCGAUAUGGACGCCCUUCGCGCCGAGAUGGCAGAAAGGGAGUUUCGUGAAAAAUUAUUCGAUGCUAUGGGGGAUGAUGCUGGUCUCGAGAAUACGGAGUCACGAUUCAAUGAGUAUGAUGACCAUAUUCCUGAUAGGUGGAAAGACUCCACUUCCUCCCACCUCCGCGAUGACCCUUCAAUGAUGGAUGACGAUCAGUAUGCCGAAUGGAUUAGGGAAGGGAUGUGGAGGCGAACACACAAAGCCGAGGUUGAAGCCCAGGAACGUGCUGAGGAGGAGCGGAAGCGGAAGAAGGAACGCGAAAAGGCUAGGAGGGAGGAGACUAGAAGAAUGGAGCGCGAAGAUAGCGAAAGAAGAUCGAGGAGAAAGCAGACCAAAGAGCGGGAGUCAGUCGUGGAGGGGUGGGUCGCAUAUGAGACUCGAUGGGCUCAAAUGCAUCCAUCUGAAAGCACUACUCUGGGGUUCUCCGAUCUCCCGUGGCCUUGCCACCCUCUGCCUCAACUACCUCUGGACUCGGAUGCCUUAUCGAAAAAAACCAUUUCUGCCUUUUUGCUAUCGCCUCUACACUCGAUUGGGAAACCGAGGAAGCAACGUUUGCGGGAGGCGCUGUUGUUGUAUCAUCCGGAUCGUUUCGUCUCGAAGUGGAUGGGUCGCGUUAAGAAGGAAGAUACACAGGUGGUUCAAGAAGCUGUCGGUAGAGUUGUACGGGUGCUUACUGCACUGGUAGAAGAAGGAGAUCAAGGAGAUUGA